CUCUCUCUUCCAUCUCUUCUUUUGUGCAAGAUUUAAGGAACAAAACACAAAGAAGAUGAGCUACUUUAGCUGUUGCAGGAAUAUUGUGAUGUCCAUGUUGUUGGUGUUCGUUUUCUUCUUGUUCAUCCACGGUUCCAUGGCGGAAGAUGAGAAUGGGUUAUUCAAGUCAUGGAGCAAGAAGGAGAUGCUGCAAAUGGCAGGAUAUGGUGAUGAGAAGCUAUCAACCGUUCUAGUCACCGGCAGCGUUGUCUGCGAAGCUUGUUUGCAGGGAGAAUCUCAACUUCGCUCUUGGCCCAUCUCAGGUGCUUUGGUGGGUGUAAAUUGCAAUACUGGUCACAAGGGUAAACCGGGUGUGGCACAAGCUGUCACGGAUGAGUAUGGAGAUUUCCUGAUAGAUCUUCCUUCCCACCUCCAUGCAAUUCCCAAUCUGCACAAAACAUGCUGCAUAAGAGUUAUUCGAGUACCGAAGAACACGCAUUGCAGGCCAAGUUACGUGAGGAAACAUGUGGGACUGAAAUUCUCAUCUGUUGGGAAUGGUAUCAGAACUUAUACGUCUGGGAAGAUCAGGUUCCAACAUUUUGCGUCCAAACCUUCCCCAGCAUGCAUGAAAGAAGCAAACAGAGUGUACGGUAAAUAGCUUGAUCCAUCCCCUGGCAACACAGAGGGUGGGAUACCUGCAUCAUGGCUCAAGUAGAUGGCGCUUCAGUCACAGCAUGAGUUCCAAAAGCUGCUAUCCCACGCUAUUAGUUGUCAGAUAUAGUGUGCAUGUGUGCGUGUGUGCGUGAGCUUGUGUGUGGGAGUGUAAAUGAUGCUAUUUUGCUCUAUUCGAGCUUCUGGGUAAUGACAAUUUGUAUGAACUUGAGAAAUGAUAUAGUGAUAUUUUGUAUAGUGAGACAAUUACUGCAUGACAGUCUGAAAUGGCUUAAAAUGAACUAAAUAAGGAUAA